AUGAAUAUUAAGGCUUUCAAAAAUUUUUUACGAGUUUUGAAAAUUGAGGAAAAAAAUGGAAUAGACAAAAACGUUUUGAAGGAAUUAAAAAAUUGGGGAAAAGAAAAAUUGUUAAAAAAUGAUGAAAUAAUAAAUGAAUAUUUAAUUUAUAAAAAUGUUUUAAAUGAUUAUACACAAAUAUUACAGGAAAAUAAAGCAGAAAAUAAGAAAUGUGAAAUUGAAAAAGUUGCAAACUAUGUUGGGUUAACUACAAAUUACACAAGAUAA